AUGCAGGGUUACAAAAUUCCCUUCCUCCAACUUCCAACACCUUUUGUUAAGAGAAACAAUACUUCUGCUCGUGAGAAUAGUGAUUUUUGUUUCGCAAGCUGUCAGCGAUUUACUUCGCUUGGACCUAAUUGCAUAACUUGCUUGCAAGUCCGAUAUCAUUAACCCACUUUCAGUUUCUACCCGUAGUUCGGGAAAGCAAAGGCUCGUUUUGAAUCUUCGACAUGUCAACCAGUUAAUAUACGAACAGAAGUUCAAAUGUGAAGAUCUGGGUGUCGUUACGCAGUUGUUUUGAUCGUAAUUAUUACUUGUUUAAAUUUGACCUUCAGUCUGGUUAUCACCACAUUGAAAUUUUCCCAGACCACAGAAAAUUUCUCGCUUUUGCUUGGGAUUUUGGGAACGGGGUUUCAAGAUAUUUUCAGUUCUGAAAAUUUUCAGAGCUCAUAGAGCCUCUGUGCUUCCUUUCGGGUUUUCUUCAGCCCCGUAUGUUUUCACAUCGAUUUUUAAGCCAUUACAGAAAUCGUGGAGGAGCCAGGGCAUCCCGAUAGCUCAUUUCCUCGACGAUGGUUUAGGAGGGGGAACAGAUUUUGUUUCUGCUAAAGUUAACAGUUUAGUCGUCCAUUCAGAUUUGCUCAAGUCUGGAUUUGUUCCUAAUGAGGAAAAGUCCCUUUGGGAGCCUCUCCUAGUUAUCACCUGGUUGGGUGUGAUUCUCGACACUAUUGAUGGAACUAUACAAGCAACCGACGAACGUAUUGAAAAGUUAAACGCUGGCCUUGUUGAGCUACUGUCUUGUCAACCUCCUUGA